UUCACAUUAGUGUUGAAAAUGCGAAUCUUGUUCCUUAUGCUAAGUGAGUGCAGAAGAUUUCCAAACUGGUUUCAGGUUGAUGAAGGUAUAUCUUGCCUUUCCGAUUCUGAUUGGCUGGCUUUGACACCUUGGUCCCUUUCGUCUGCAGUUGAGACGAUGCUUCUUGGCCAGAUAAAUGAAAGAGACAACCUCUGUCAAAUCUCGCCCAUUGAUGGUGAUUGGUGCUGGUUGUUGUUGCUGUUGAUUGGUCGGUUAUCUUCAUCACCUCCGUCUCUUCUAUGUUCACUCGGAGUCCUGUUUUCGCUGCUUCUUCGGCCAGCCUGUUGGUUUUCACUUGCAAGUCUUCGAGUUUGUGUGACAUUAGACAAAUAUCAUCCACACACGUGAAAUCCAGAUCUUCUAAAGUCUUCUUAUCGGUCGUCCUAGGCUGGUUAAACUCGGGUACUGGUAAAAUACACGCUGUAAUUCCAACCAGAAUAUGCUAACCAAUUAGUGAAUUUCAAUAACUGGGAAACGGAAGUGUAGA